ACUCCAUUCUGUUCGUGGUCAGACGCUUCCAGCGAUGCCUCUCCACAGGUCACCGUCAUGCUGAUCGUUGAAAAAAACCAAAAGGCCUCCAAGUGCUUGGGAUGGCGGCACUCUGGAGCUCUGGUUCUGCCGGGACUGACCGCCCACGAAGCUCCGCAGUCCGAGGCAUCAACAGGCAUCCGCUCUCUCCUUGGGAGCACCAGCGAACACCGCACUCACUCUACAGAGUAGAAGCCAUGCUGACUUGAAGUUGGUGCCGGAUUUCACCCCCCGCAAUGGCCUGGCUAUCAGCAAUAUCCACGGCGCUAUCUCUGACAACCUAUCCCAUCACCUAUCUCGCCUACUUUGGAUAUGGCGUCUUGCGACUCCUAGUAAACUUACUGAUUGGCCUGGCCCGGUAUCCUCUGGGAUUGGCUCUUCUCCCAUUCAGGAUCUUGGCCCAAUUCGAGGCCAUUCUCAUCUGGAUAACGACAGCCGGGUGCAUUGGUCUAGUUCUUGGAAUUCUGUUGUAUGCCACCACGCACUACACAGUCGAAUUGUUCAAUCAAUGGGUGGGGCUCGUCGUCCCUCACUCCCCCAUGCGCCUAGAAUAUGACGCCCUGAACCCCGAGUCUGGCACGGUAGUGAAGAGAUCAGAUACCUCGGAUAUAGUCAAUGACUUUCGUCUGAAAUGGGGCGCAGAGAAGAACCCUGGACUUCGCGGUCGGGGUGCGAGUGGACCGUCGGCAUCUACUAUUCUGGAAGUGGACGAUGAAUCCAGCUCGGCAUACUUUGAGGAAUAAAGACGUCGUGGUGUCGCAACAUCGCAGAUAGACCAGAGAAUGCAUUCGGUUGACCAAGGAGUGGAUGGCUGGCCAUUAGAGGGUGGCCGUAUCGACUACUUGAUCAUGUCGAUGCUAUUAAACGGAUAGCAGACUAGAAUUGUAGGGUAGGACAACACAUGGUUGACUUGAAAAUUGCCGACGAAAUGAAAGAAGUAAUGAUGAUAAU